ACUACUGAAACUUUCUCUCUCUCUCUCUCUCACACAUACACAUCUGCUUGGUAAGUGCACAGUACUCCAACUCUUGAAUCUUUCCCCAAACUUUCCCUAUCUUCAAAGAUCUCCACCCACCCCCCCUCUUCCCAUUUUUGACCCCUUUUCAAUAUUUCUAGGGUUUGUUCUUCACAAAUCUCUCAAAUUCUCUUCAAUUUAUACAAAUCUUGCAAAAAGAUUUCUGGGUUUUGUUCCUUGUGGUGUUUAAGACCAGAAAGAUCAAGAAUUUGCAACAAUCAACAGGAAAAAUUUCAUCUUUUUUACCAGGUAUACAGGACCAAAUUCAUAAACUUAAAGACAAUGGGAUGUUUAACGGUACUAAAAGGCAAAAAGAAAAAGUCAAGCCCGAGUAUUCAUGUAAAACGGGUCAACCCACAAGACCCGACACCAACCACAUUACCCGAACCAAUCACCCAAACCCGAGCCCUGCAAUCAGCACCACCAAGCUUUCGAACGCGGGUCAAACCGCUUCAACCGAGCCAUUCAGUAAUCACGAGCCGUAUGCGCGCAUUAUCAGCCCCGUCAACGUUAGAUGCAGCAGAGCAAGAUACCCUCUCAGCCGAAUACGACGGUAGUGUCGGAGGUGGAGGAGGAGGUGGUGUACCGCCAGUCCCACAGCCACUACCGCUACCGGCACCACACACCACGGCCAAUUUGAAAACAAUGGGAAGCUUUAAAGUCGGCAGCGGGAGUGGGCCGCUGCUGCCGCCACAAAACGUUUCCGGUCCGCUGCCAUUGCCGCCAUCCGGAAACCACCUACCGCCAACGGUUCCUGCCUCGUUAACUUCAUCUGGAACGCUUAAAAAUUUCUCAUUUGAAGAACUUGCAGCCGCCUGCCAUUAUUUUUCGCCUCAGACGUGCGUGUCGGAAGGUCUUUCGUCUGUUAUGUAUAGAGCUUCGUUCGGGGAAGACGUUUCUAGCAGUAAAAAUCUUCAAGCUACCGUUACAAGUCUUCAUCCUUCAUCUCAGGGUUUGAAGGAAUUCAUUAGCGAAGUAAACACCCUUGCAUCACUACAACACCCGUAUCUUUGUAAACUAAUCGGCUUUCAUGCGCGUGAGGGAUCUGAUAAAAGAAUGCUGGUAUACGAGAGGCUUUUUCACGGAAGUUUAGACCGUCUUUUGUAUGGGAGAACCGACGGCCCACCUAUCGACUGGAAUGCUAGAAUGAAAGUUGCACUUUGUGCCGCUCAAGGACUCACGUUUUUGCACGAGGAAGGCCCGUUUCAGGCAAUGUUUCAUGAAUUUUCAACCGCUAAUAUACAAAUCGAUAAAGAUUUUAGUGCAAAGCUUUCGGGAUAUGGUUGCAUGACUCACAUUCCUGAGACCGACAUUCCAGAAAGUUCACCUGCAAUGGCGAAUCUUUCGGUUGAGACACUCGAGAGGGGGUUAUUAACCCCUAAAAGCAACGUAUGGAGUUUCGGUAUCGUGCUUCUAGAGUUACUUACAGGUAGAAAAAACCUCGACAGCCGGCACCCGAAAGAGGAAAGAAAUCUAAUAAAAUGGAGCCGACCGUUCUUAACAGACGAUAGUCGACUAUCGCUAAUCAUGGAUCCGCAACUAAAAGGUCGGUACGCCGCCAGGGCCGCCAGAACAAUGGCGGACAUAGCUCAAAGAUGCCUCCAAAAAGACCCAUCCGAAAGACCAACAAUGCGAACAAUAGUCGAACACCUCAAAAUCAUACAAGAUAUAAAAUUCUCGUGUCGGUUUCCGUUACAAGAACCGGGUACAAUCAGCCGGAAACACAUGGCGAAGUCGUUAAGCUUAAACGGGAUUAUUUACCCCGCUCCACGAUCGAGUUACUCACCCCCGCCUCCACCAAGGCUGCCGGUGUUGCCCCCUUCCUUGCCGCCACGAAACUGUGCAUCGAAUCUUACGAUGGACGGAGUUGUGGACCGUCAAGAGAGCCGGAGAUCGUCGGCUUCGGCUCGACGGUCGAGUGUAGAAGGGUUUUGAAUGUUGAUAUAAAGAUUAUUAUUUUCUUUUUUUUUUAAUUUUUAAUUUUUGAUUAUUUUGUUUUUGUUUGCUUCCUCUUUUAUUUGAAGUGGGAUGAUAGAAGGUGGAAGAUGUGAUGUUUUGUUCAACGUAGGGAAGUUGAAUAUGUUUUGUUUGUAGAUAUAAGUGUUUUGGUUGGUUUUGGACAUAUGAUGAUGCCAAAUGUUUAUUUAUAUAUUAGAAUUAGUUUUCUUUUCUUG